AGGGAAAGGCGGGACCUGGAGCCAGUGACAGGCAAGAUGGAGGUGCUGGAGGCUGAUAAUCUACUGUGGGACACUAAGCUCAGCCACCUCAACAUGGGCCUGGAGGCGGCCGACUGCGAGCUGCUGCAUAAUACACACUUCACAGAGAUACUGGAUGAAUUUUCCCAGGACAUGCUGGGUCACCUCUUCAAUGAUCCCUUUCUGUCUGAUAAGAGUGAACUGAUGGAUGCUGAGCUCUCUCCCGCUCCCCACAUCCAGGCUGAGCACAGCUACUCACUGGCAGGAGAUUCCCGACCCCAGUCCCCACUUGCACAGAUCUCUAAUCCAGAGGACUGCACUGAAGCUAUGGAAUGUGAAAGCUGGCCAAUGAGCUGUGAUUUGACGCUGAGCAGACUGAAACAUGAAGCACUCCUCUCUGACACAAACUGCCUCACUCCUUCAGUUACUUUAACAAACGGAGCCUCGUCAAACAUUGCAGACACUGAUCUCAAGUCACCCCAACCAGACACUGUACCUGUGACCAUAACAAAGCCGGUUCUCAUCCCAGAUGACCAGAAUAAAUCCACUACACUGAAGGUUAAAUUGGAGCCACACGAGGUGGAUCAAUUCCUCAAUCUCUCCCCAAAGGAAGCAGGACCAGAUGUGGUGCAGCUGCCGCCGACCCCGCCAAGCAGUCAUGGGAGCGACUCAGAGGGAGGACAGAGUCCAUCACACCGUCGGCAGCCAACUGUCCCUGUCCAACCACAGCAAAGCAAAGCCCCAGUACGGAGUCCUGCUCACUGCAACUCGCCGCUUCUCACUGCGCCAUGUGUAAGCCAGCCGAUUAUUGCACAGGGUCUGUUGUGGCGCCCUGUGUUGCAUAAACUACAGGGUCCAUCGGGACCUUUGCUUCUAACAGAAGAGGAGAAACGCACGCUGAUUGCUGAGGGGUAUCCAGUUCCUGUCAAACUGCCACUUACAAAAGGGGAAGAGAAAGCACUGAAGAAAAUACGCAGAAAGAUCAAGAACAAGAUCUCUGCCCAAGAGAGCAGAAGGAAGAAGAAAGAAUAUAUGGAUAGUUUGGAAAAAAAGGUGGAAUCCUGUUCAAAUGAAAACCAUGAACUGCGGAGAAAGGUGGAAACUCUGGAAAAGGCAAACAGGUCCCUCCUUGAGCAGCUACAGGGGCUGCAGGUGCGGGUGGCUGCGAGGGUGCCGACCUCCUGUAAGAUGGCUGGUACACAGACGAGCACGUGCUUGAUGCUGGUGGUCCUGUGCUUCGCCGUUGUAUUGGGGAGUUUCGGUAAUAGGCUUGAUUCCUUCUCAUCCUCGGUAACUAAAGCGGUGCUUCCUGCCCAGGAAUCCAUGCAGGAGUCGUACACGGCCACAGUUCGCUCAAGACAUUUAUUAUUUUAUGAAGAGCACACAGUGUAUGAUGAUCAGUAUAGCACUGUCAUGUCAAAAGAUUACACAAAUACCUGGGACAAACUAACAGAAUCGGCACGAGAGCGAGCACGUGUGGCGCAAUUGCAUGGCCCUCAGGAUCCAGUCCAUCGACAGCAGCCAAAGCAAAUGCUCACAGUGUCACAGGAAGCACCAGACCUGCAGCAACCAACCAGCCAGAGCACAAGAAGCUCAGUCCUUAUCGAACUUCAGUCUCAACGGAGCUUUCCCAAUUCCGAUAUGAACGGAACAACCGUGGAAAUCGACAGAAGAGUCAACGCAACAUGUCUCUUCAGAAUCCACAUCAGGAGCAGGGUUUUAGCAGAGAAAGUUAAUGUGGACCUGGCAUUGCCUCUGUCGCAGUGAGGAGAACUCAGAGAUCAAAUUGUCACAGAAAGGGAGAGGAGAGAAAGUAGGCUUGAACCAGACAG